AUGCUCAAUCGUGGGAAAACGCCCGGCCCGGGUUUGCAUACGGAUGGUGGUGACCAUGGAAAAACUUCCCCCGCACUCCCCCGCUUCGCGCAGUACGGAUUCGUGAACUAUGCACUGGAGCUGUUGGUACUUAAAAACUUUGGAUUAAACACGUGGGAACAAAUAAAAAAAAAAGCUCAGGUCAACAUGGAGGGCCAGUUUUUGGUUCGCCAAAUUUACGAAGAUGACAUCACGUACAACCUGAUAGAAGCUGCCGUGGACAUCCUAAACAUUCCCGCUGGCGACAUACUGGAAUUGUUCGGCAAGACUUUUUUCGAAUUCUGUCAAGACUCCGGUUAUGACAAAAUUCUUCAAGUGCUCGGUGCUACGCCGCGCGAUUUCCUGCAGAACUUGGACGCUCUGCACGAUCAUCUCGGAACGCUGUAUCCGGGAAUGAGGGCACCUUCGUUUCGCUGCACGGAAACGGACGGCCAGCUGGUGCUGCACUACUACUCGGAACGUCCCGGGCUGGAGCACAUUGUGAUAGGAAUAGUAAAAGCCGUGGCCUCAAAACUGCACGGAGUAGAUGUAGAGUGUAAAAUCAUCCGAAGAAAAGGUGACCCUAUCGAGGUAUCCUCUCCCAAACCGGAAGAGAAGUCCAAAUCUAUCGUCUCACCUGCAACAAUAGCGGAAAAGCCAGUUCCUGUAAUCACUUCGGCCGAUCCGGCUGUGCCUGAAUUAGCAAAUCUAGGGUUAUGUAAACGAAUACUGCUGUCGAAAACGUACGGUGAAUCUUAUCUAUCGAAUAGACUGAAUAAUUUAGCCACCUCCAAAAGCUCGACAACGCUUGCAUCCCGAACCGAAGCUACGUAUUGCAACGGCAAUAAAUCUAGCUUAAGUAGUAGUCAAAACGGAAGCAAUAGUAGACUGUUUUUCGAUGAUAGCCAAACGAUGGUGACCACUAGUAGUAACGAUACCAAUAAUUGUGAUAGCAAUCAGCAGCAGCAGCCCCAGGCGACGAAGGCAACGAAGACGACGAACCCCAGCGCAAGGAACGCAGCACCGGGAACGGUGGAACGCUCCGAUCACAUACAGUUUUUGAUAACGGAAAUCUCGGGCCCGAAGACACCAACCCGGCGGAGCGAGGACAGGGAGCAGCAGGCCGACUUUCAGCUGGUUGCUAAAGCGCCAAUGAUUUCCCCGACCACCUUCUGCAAGGCGUUCCCGUUCCACCUGAUGUUCAACCGUGAUUUAACUAUCGUACAAGCAGGAAAAUCGGUGUCCCGUGUUAUACCGAAGAUUUCCGAAACCAACUGCCCGCUGAUGGCCAUUUUCGAAGCGGUUCGGCCGCACCUGCAGCUUAGCUUCGGAAACAUUUUGGCACACAUCAACACCAUCUACGUGCUCAAGACCAAGGCGGGCGUAAUGUCCAUCAGCGAGCGCUACCUGAGGCUGAAGGGUCAAAUGAUGUACAUCCCGGAAUCGGAUCUGAUUCUUUUCCAAUGUUAUCCCAGUGUGAUGAAUCUGGAUGAUUUGACCAAAAAAGGCCUUCACAUCUCGGACAUCCCACUGCACGAUGCUUCUCGCGAUCUGGUGCUGCUGUCCGAAAAGUUCGAAGCCGAAUACAAACUGACGACCAACCUGGAGAUUCUAACGGAUCGACUUCAGCAGACGUAUCGGGAUCUGGAAAGUGAAAAACAGAAAACGGAUCGCCUGCUGUACUCGGUCCUACCGAAAACGGUAGCCAACGAGCUUCGACAUCAGCGGCCGGUGGCCCCGAAGCGGUACGACUCCGUAACCCUGAUGUUCUCCGGUGUCGUCGGAUUCGGACAGUACUGCGCCGCCAACACGGAUGCCGAGGGUGCAAUGAAAAUCGUCAAGAUGCUUAACGAACUGUAUACGAUUUUCGACGAACUGACAGACUCGAAAAGCAAUUCAAACAUCUACAAGGUGGAAACCGUCGGAGAUAAGUAUAUGGCCGUGUCCGGGCUGCCGGACGAGUGCGAAAACCAUGCGAAAUGCAUUGCCCGGUUAGCCCUGGAUAUGAUGGAUAUGGCACGGAAUGUUAAGAUGGGUUCCGAGUCGCUGAAAAUUACAAUCGGUAUUCACUCGGGUGAGGUGGUAACGGGCGUGAUAGGUAAUCGGAUGCCUCGCUAUUGUCUGUUUGGCAACACGGUCAACCUGACGAGUCGAACGGAAACUACCGGCGUCCACGGGAAGAUCAACAUUAGCGAAACGACAUACAAAUUGCUGUGCGAUCCUAUCAAUCAUGAUCCAUCCUUCCACCUGGAAUACCGGGGACCAGUGGUAAUGAAAGGCAAACCGGAACCGAUGAAGUGCUGGUUUCUGACUCGCAAACCCACUAGCAGCAACGGAGAAGCAUCAAAGUCUUCAAGUUUGACGGAAACAUCCGAUAAAACUUCCGAAAAAUAA